CUGUGACACUCCCAGUGGGGCCCUUUGUCUGAAAGGGCGGGGCUCCCAGUCCCUUAGCAACAGGUGGGUGGGUGGAAGUAUUAAAGGAGAGGUCUGGGUGGAUAAGCCCACUUAACCAUGCAGGAUCCCAGUGGGGACAAAGUUUGUAGAGCAGGUGGUGAAGAAGAAGGGGAGGAUGGACAGCACACAUCCAGAGUCCAUGAUACUGAAGCAAGCUCACAUCGUACUGAACCAAGCUCUCAUCGUACUGAACCAAGUUCACAUCGUACUGAAGCAAGCUCACACCAUACUGAACCAAGCUCGCAUCAUACUGAACCAAGCUCACAUCGUACUCAAGCAAGCUCACGUCCUUCUGAACUGAACCCACGUCCUUCUGAACUGAACCCACAUCCUUCUGAAGCAGAGAAUGACCAUGAUAACUCUCCACAUGCAAAUCAUGCUCAAGAUUUCGGUAGCGAGGCUGCAACCCCAGGUAGCCUCUACCUGGGGAGCCCUGUAGAGGCUAGAAUGGUGGUCCAAGAAGCAGCCAUUGCUCCUCAGGGUGAGCAGGCACCAAUUAUCCCAGGACCCAGUGGAGAUGCUGCAACAACAACUGGAAGUCGACUCUUGGAAUUUUCUGUAACAGUGCCGUUCCGUACCGCUGUGGAGGCAAACAUUGCAUGCAGAACCCUGGCCUCAAAUGUCCAGCACCAGCAAAUGAUGGUUCAACAGGAGUUCACUGUGAAUGACACUAUUCUCACUGUUAGGUGGACCACUGAAGAUCCUGUUCUCUUUCGGACAUCCAUCAAUGCCUUUCUUGACCAACUUUCCCUUGUGAUGAGGACCAUCCCACGCCCAGUGUUUAUGGCUGUUGUCAAACAAGGAAGAGGAAGAAAUAACGAACUCUAGUAUGUUACCAUCCACAACACAAGGCAAAGGCAUUUCGUGAUUUGCAAAAGUGCCCCUUUGCCUUCAUAUUCACUGUUUUGAUUCUGUCGCACUGUAUCUAUCAGGCAGUGUUAUUGGAGGAGUGAAUAUUGAAAGUCGGAUAAUGAAAAUAA